AUGCCCAUCUUUUCACUCUCUCGUGCUCAAAGGCACCACCACGUGCUCAUCGGCGUCAACGCCAGCGCUCAAGGCAGCAAGUUCCGCUCUACUGCUGUAGCGCUGCAGUACUGUGAUCCCACUGACUCCCCCCUGCUCAAGGCUGGGGUCCUCUCCAUCAUGGCAAAGAAAGCAUCUAGUUCGUCGGACAAGAAGCCCAGCAAGAGCACCUCCAAGAGCGAGGCUGCCGAGGAUCCAAAGUCCAAGGAGGGCCAGCGUUUCGACAAGGUCGCGCAGGAGUACUCGGAGGACAAGGCGAAAGCGGGCGGCAGCCUCGGUUGGAUGACACGGGGGUCCAUGGUCGGCCCCUUCCAGGAUGUAGCUUUCGCGCUAGAACCGUCUACCGUCGACCGACCCAAGACUUCGUCCCUCGUAAAGACCAGUUUCGGAUACCACAUCAUUAUGGUCGAGGGGCGACGGUGA